AUGGAAGGUGAAAUUGUAGAACUUAAACAACAACUUGAUAAUGCCGUCAAAGAUGAUGAUUUAGAUACAGUUUUAGCAUUGUUGAAGGCAAUUUCUUUAUUAGAUAUUUCAAAAGAUCUAUUACAAAAAACAGCAAUUGGUAAAUCAGUAGGAUUAUUGAGAAAGAAUAAGAACGAAGCAAUCUCAAAGAAUGCACUCGAAUUGGUUGACAAGUGGAAAGAACAGUUGGCAACAAAGACAACUCCAGCAUCAUCUACUCCACCCAUCAAGAAGGAAUCGACAACAACCACAACUACAUCAUCAUCAUCAGUAAAGAAAGAAAAAGACUUAAAAGAAAAAGAAAAAGAAUCAUCACCACCACAAUCAUCUUCAUUAACACCAUCAUUAAAGAGAAAAUUAGAUAUAAAGGAUGAGAAGAAAGAAAAUGAAGAUGGUAGUAGUGCAUCGACAACAGCAGCAAAACCAUACUCACCGAUUAGCGUAAAGAAACAACAGUCCAGCAGAUCGACUUCCUAUAGUACAGAGUUACCAUAUCUAUCGGACGAUACUCGUGCCAAGACUAUGAAGUUGAUAGCGGAUUCGUUGGAGGACAAAUCGGGUGUUGAGACAUUGAUGCACCACAAUCAAGCUGCAGCAGCGAUCGAGUCUGAGAUGUACAACAUCUUCAAUGGACCAACCACCGAAUAUAGAACCAAAGCAAGAUCGAUCAUCUUUAACCUCAAACAAAACAAAGCACUCAGAGAUUCAAUCUUGAGUGCCGAAAUAUCGAUCACAAGAUUCUGUUCAAUGGAUUCAAAUGUAAGUACUACUACUACUACUACUUCUUAA